CUCGUUUCCUGGGAUCUGUUUCCAGGGUGGAGAGGCCUAGGUAGGAAUGCCGAAACGGAGGCUUCCGGCUGUGCUAGCCCUGCUGCCCACAUAAGUAUGAAGAAGUGUUUCACCAGGAGACCUAGUGCAUAACACCCCUGCUGGCAUCCUGGGCUUAAAAAGCAAAGCAAAAAGCACUAGUUGCAUAAAUGGACAACUGACAGAUGCUACUGUAAAGUCAAAAGCACACAGGAAAGUACCUGCCUCUCUUUCCCAAAGUCAGUGUUGCCAGCCAGUGAAGGGCAGAGAAAUAACUCAUAUUAGAACAUGGUGAUUGGAAGGGUCUGCAGAAACAUGAAGUCACAGUCAUCCUAGUGCCACUGAAAAGUUUAUUGCAGAGAGGUGACAAAAUCACAUCUGAGAAGCUACGGAGAAGCCCCAAGUGGACUGACUGAAGGCCUGGACAGGGACGGGCUCUUUGGGGAGAGACUGGAAGGUAUAAUGUGGACAUUCUCAGUUUAGGAUGUGGGAAUUAGCCAGUGCUUACAGCAUGUCGUGGAGGAUGCUGACAGGACACCAGCUCUGCAGGCUGUGUCUUCUCAGAAAGCCACAACCAGCUCUGAAAAUCAAACGUUCAACAUGUGUCACCUAUGAAAUGGACAGCCAGGCAAACAAACAAAGCAAGAGAACAGUGGAAAAGCUCCAGGCAUGUUCAGUUGAUAUCAUGAAGAUCUGCAGACUGAAAGCCUGGGUACUUCUGGAGGAUAACACCUAUGUUGAAGAGAUUGCAAAUAUUCUGAAAGAACUCGGUGCCAACAAAACUGUGAUAGCUAGUAUUUUAGAACGCUGUCCAGAAGCAAUUGUCUGCAGUCCUGUUGCUGUCAAUGCCAAAAAGAAACUCUGGCAGAUGGUCUGCAAAAACGAGGCAGAACUAAUCCGGUUAAUAGAGCAGUUUCCAGAACCUUUCUUUACCGUCAAGGACCAGGAAAACCAGAAGCUGAAUGUCCAGUUCUUUCAAGAGCUGGGACUCAAGAAUGUGGUGAUUAGCAGGUUUCUGACGACUGCCUCUAGCAUUUUCCAUAAUCCUGUAGAGAACAACAGGCGAAUGAUCGGGGUUCUCCAGGAGAGCUACCUAAACUUAGGUGGCUCUCAGGCCAAUGCUAAAGUGUGGCUACUGAAGUUAUUGAGCCAAAAUCCAUUCAUUUUGUUAAGUUCUCCCACAGCUGUAGCCCAGAUACUACAAUUUCUUCAAGGGCAAGGCUUCACAAACUCUGAAGUUCUUCAGCUUCUGUCCAAACUUAAAGGGUUUCUUUUUCAACUUCAGCCAGGAAGCAUCCAGAGCAGUAUGUCUUUUACUAAGGCUAUUUUUGAGUGCACAGACCAUGACCUUCGGCAGUUAGUUGUGAACUGCCCUUCGUUGCUGUGUUACCCUGCCUCAAUUCUAGAAGAGAGGAUCCAGGCACUGCUGAAGGAAGGAAUCACCGUGACUCAGAUAAGAGAGUCACCAAUGGUCCUUGAGUUGACACCACAGAUAGUCCAAUACAGGAUAAGGAAGCUGAACUCUUUAGGCUACAAAAUAAAGGAUGGGCAUCUAGCAAGUCUAAAUGGAACAAAAAAGGAGUUUGAGGCUAACUUUAGCAAAAUGCAAGCCAAGCAAGAAAGGCCACUGUUUAACCCUGUGGCCUCAUUACAUGUAGAGGAGUGACAUGGAGCUUAGUUCUAGCAGGCAAAGUGACCAAUUCACAAAGACUUAACAACUCAGCUUGCAAGCACUAGUCAGUCUCAGGGCCUACUGAAUUUCUGAGUUGUGUUCAAGUUACCUCAUAAUUGAUGGCCUCUGACUCAUUUGCUGUGUUAAAAAAAAAAAAAAAAAAAAAACAGUUUAAAUAAAAUUAGUAACUUUAACUUUGACCUUGAACUAUUACUCCAAAACACCAUAUAGUGUGAUAAUUCACAUGGAUCAUUUUGAAGGAACUGACAAGUACACACUCUUGAUAGGAGCACAUGAACAAUUUUAAUUUUGUUCCUAGACAGCUACCAAAAUGUAAUUCUUAACCACCAGCCCUCAGUCACUAACAGGCCAAUGACACGUUCCUUUAGAGGACUGGCUUCACCUUGUUUGUGGAAUGGAUUAGUUAAGAGCCUACUUCCAUGUUCAAUUUGAAAUCUCUAAGACACACACAUUAAUUAUGAACCUAUUUCAUUGCAGAGACCAGGUGUAUUAAGAUCGGAAUUCUGUUUGGCCUCAGGAAUAGAAAAGAUUCCCACCUUUCCCUGUACAGCAAAAGGAAGGAAUGCAAACAGACUGGGGGGUCGGGGGUAUGGAAGCUGAAAUUUCAAACUUAAUUCAUGCACUUGAAUUGAAUGCAGCUUCCUAGAAAGCCUGAAAAUCUACUUCAUGUGAUACCACUUUUAGUUGUAGUGUUCCCACUUCCAUGUCUAAAUCUUGUGCCAAGAUAAGCAUUACCCAGAUAAAGACUGGCUUUCAAUUGUAUAGUUUGUAACAGCUGUAAUACUCAUUGGUUGUAAUGCUUAACCAGUUGACUAUGCAGCAUGCAACAGCUUCUGAAAUAUAAUAAAAAAUGUGGCCAGUA